AUGGAGGUCCAGCUUUGUGAGGUGUACUUAACAAAUUGGGAUGUUAACUUAAAAUUAUACCAUACUGACGAUUUUUUAACUGUUUCUGCUCAAAAAGCCGUACUUUUUAAUAUUGCCAUGUCCUACAACUUCAGCACUUGUGAUUGUGACACGCUAGUAUUUUAUUUAAGUGUUAAUACUCCCAAAGUAGUAACAAGAUCAUGGGAAAAGGCUGAGGAUUUUGGGACAAAAGGCCUACAGAUUUACUGUUGGAUCAAGGAAUUUACAUGGAUUUGCUUCUUACUACUUCAGAACAAUAGCAUGAAACAUUCCAGCUUAUGUGAAAAAGGAGGAAGCAAGGAACCGAUAGAGUCACUUUACCGAAUAAUGAGUGCAAACGUCAUUUUAAUCAUUUAUGAAAGUGACUGGCAAACUGGACUCCAAAAGCGGUUUUGA